AUGCCCCAAACCGCACCACAGUCGUUGCGCGCACGACAGGACAGGGAGCUAGGGAGCCAGGGAGCCAAGAACCAGGUACAGAGUACAGUACAUAAGGUACCGUUAGAGUCGGGAUACAUUCAGUUGUUGACAGGGGAGACUCGCAUGGCAGGCAAGGGGACCUGGAAAGAUGAGGCACAGCACGCCAGAGACAUGGGUCUGAGUGAAGAGAGACAAGGUGAUGCGAGACAUGCCGCAGUUGGAAUUACUACUACAAUGAAGAUUGUCAAUCAAAUGCAGGGCCCUACGGAGUAG